CUCCGCCUUCACUAUCUCGCAUUCAGCCCGGAGCCAUGAUGUUCCACAGUCCCCCCUCGUCGUCCUCCUUCCCCCUCUCCCCCCUCUCCCUUCUCUCCUUCCCCCUCUCCCUCCCCACCUUCCUCCUGUUACUGCUCCAGCCCGUCCACAGCUCGGCACCAGGUAAAACAACGUUGGCGCUCACCUUUUUCGCCACAGAUGACCCCAGCCUACCAGAUGGAGUGUUGGAGGCUAAGGCAGACGACAGGAGCCUUGCUUACUAUGACACCACACUAUCAAAAGUUCAGUUCCAUCUGAGCAACCUGGAGCCAUUGCAUGCACUUGUUGAAGAAUUGAUAGAAAGAAACAUGGAUACGACGCUGGGAUUAGUACAUGGCCUGCAAAAGCAAGUUAUGGCAUUAACCAACAAUUCUCUUCCCUCAAAUGAAAUUGGUGAGACGCUUCUGUACUCGGAGAAACCCGAUGUCCUCGGCAAGGAAAAUACUCUGAUCUGUUUUAUCAGCGGCUUUUUCCCACCGGCGCUCGAAGUGACGUUCCAGAAAAACGGCAAGCCCAUCGGCGGUGAAGUUAACUCGUCACACCUGUCUUUCAGCGAAGACUGGCGGUUCUACACGCUCCAGUACACACACAUCCAGCCGACUGAGGGUGACAUAUACUCCUGUAAAGUCGUCCACAAUAUCAGCAAAGAGGAGAGAGUAACAUACUGGGAACCAGAAGUUCAAGUUGGCAAAGAAGCUGAACUGGAUAGGAGCCAGCUUAUUGUUUUGAUCUGUGGCGUGAUCAUCGGAAUUCUCGGCACUGCAGUGGGAUUCUGCCUGUGUUUCUGGUUGCGUUUCACCAGACAGGAUUCUUGGAUUAUCCGGAUCAACCCUUUCAUGAGGGUAUCACAUUCAUCAUAAGAAAUGGAUCUGCUGCCUUUGUCGCUGGGAACUGUGUCGGGCAUCCUUGGUUCCAGAGCCUGUCCAAUCCCUUAAGAAUCUUUCCAGGUGCGGCAGAGGUUCACCUGCAUCUCC